UAUGUCCUCUGAGAACCCCAAACUUCGUUGUUUGUGUACAAAGCAGAGAGAGAAGAAGCAUAACACAACACAACACAACGUAUUGGUUGCUGAAACGCUGUUUGAGGAAUCACCGAAUCAAAAUGGCUUCUUCGGUGUUCUUCACUCAUUCCCAUUAUUCCUCUUCUCCUUCUUCCUCUCUUUUCCGCCUCCAUCGCCAACUCUUUCUGGGUCCCACCUCUCUCCGAUUCUCAUCCUCCCAUGUUGCCCCCGUUGCUGCUAUGACUACGGAUUCUUCUGCUAAGGUGAUUGAUGGAAAAGCUGUGGCAAAGCAAAUCAGAGAUGAGAUAACGGCUGAAGUCUCCAGGAUGAGAGAAUCCAUUGGUGUGAUUCCUGGGUUAGCUGUAAUCCUUGUUGGAGACAGGAAGGACUCUGCAACUUAUGUGCGUAACAAGAAAAAGGCUUGUGAAUCUGUUGGAAUCAAUUCUUUGGAAGCAAAUCUGCCUGAGGAUUCCACAGAAGAAGAAGUUUUGAACUAUAUUUCAGGCUAUAAUGACGACCCUUCAGUUCAUGGCAUCCUUGUUCAGCUACCCUUACCCUCCCAUAUGAAUGAGCAAAACAUCUUGAAUGCUGUUAGAAUUGAGAAGGACGUAGAUGGUUUUCAUCCAUUAAAUAUUGGCCGUCUUGCAAUGCGUGGAAGAGAUCCUUUGUUUGUUCCCUGUACACCAAAGGGAUGCAUAGAGCUACUGCACAGAUACGAUGUUUCUAUUAAAGGAAAGAGGGCUGUUGUGAUCGGUCGGAGCAAUAUCGUAGGAAUGCCGGCGGCUCUCUUGCUGCAAAGGGAAGAUGCUACUGUCAGUGUUGUCCAUUCCAGAACCAGUAACCCUGAAGAGGUCACAAGACAGGCAGAUAUUAUCAUUGCUGCCGUUGGGCAACCAAACAUGGUGAGGGAAAAUUGGAUAAAGCCCGGGGCAGUCAUUAUUGAUGUUGGAAUCAACCCAGUAGAGGAUCCAAAUAGCACCCGAGGUUAUAAACUGGUGGGAGAUGUUUGUUAUGAAGAAGCCAUAAAAGUUGCUUCUGCUGUUACACCAGUUCCUGGAGGAGUUGGUCCAAUGACCAUAGCAAUGCUUCUCCAAAAUACACUCAUCUCUGCAAAGAGGGUGCACAAUUUUGAAUAACAUUAUGAAAGGGUGUGUACCAUUAUGAGCCAUCAAUUUUUGUUUAGGGAAGUCUUGAAUUUGAGGUAGGGUUUUUUUUCAACAUUGGAAGGGGGAAAGUUUGAGUUUCUUCCCUACUUAAUCCUAAAUAAUAAGAAAAUGUUGCUAAGGAUGAUUGUGUAAAACAUCUUCCAUAUAGUUGCGUCAUGUGAUGCAAAAGUUUUCUAGCAGAUCGAUGUCUACAAACUAAUUACAUAGUGGGAUAUUAUACAGUAAUCAAUGCAUUAAUAUUUAGCAUU